AUAUUAGGCAGAACAUGAGCACAAACAGUUUGUUGGUCUGCAGUCCGUUGCCGUUAACCAGUCAUUGCUACAGAGCACACACAAAACCCAUUGCUGAACACAGCAUGUCCGCCGUAGAACCAUUGCAAAGGCUAGGCUCCUCCUAAGGGGCCUGGAUGUCGACAUGAAAGAAAAGAACCAGUUGCAAAUCUAUAAGGAGGAAGUCACGUGAUGUGAUGUUUCCGUCAUCGGGACUCAUUUUAAAUUCUCCUUCCCACUACUGGAAGCUCUAGAGACCAGAGAUGGGACUGCUGGACAACAUCUGUAGACAACGGGUAGCAAAUUAUCAUGUCAGCGGAACACACAGUGUACAUACGCAACCUGAACGAGAAGCUUACGGUUUCCUCGUUGCGGAAAAACCUCACGGCCCUUUUCAACGAUGCAGGGUUCCGGGUUUUGGACGUCCAGGCAUGCAAAAACCUCAAGCUCCGAGGGCAGGCGUUUGUCUCGUUUGCGGGAACGGUGGAUGUCAACAGCGUUGUAGAGACGUUUAAUACAAAAAUGGUGUGCGGCAAACCGAUGAACGUCCGUGUCGCCAAGGCUGAGUCCGAUUUGGCGGCUGAAAAGACGCUCACAGGUGAGAAAUACAAACAGUACAUCCAGAGACAUCGUGAAGCCCGGUUGCUUAGACGACAGCAAGAGAAGGAGAAGGCUGGAAGCAAGAAGAGAGGAUUGGACAGGGAUGACGAUUCCCUCGCCGGCGGAAAGCCUGCAAGCAAGCGGACGAAGACUCAGGAGAAAGCUGUUCCUAACCAUAUCCUCAUUAUCACUGGUUUGCCCAAGGACACGCAGGAGCAAGACCUCAUUGAUCUGUUUACUAGGUAUUCCGGGUUUCUCACGGUUAACCUCGUCCUUGUGCGACAACUUGCGCUUGUCGAGUUCCAGACCGAGGAAAACGCGGUGGAGUGUGUCGACGAGCUGGGGACCUCUGUCAGUGUCAAGGGUCAGACUUGUACUCUAGCCUUCGCCAAAAAGUGAAGAAACUGUGUCUUAUCAAAAAGCUUUACGGGAACGGAUAUACAGUCAUGUACGUACUUAUAUAGACAUGGUUAUUAUUUACACGCAAAUCAGUAUCUGCCACUGAUGAUUGUCUUGAAGGCUGCAAAAAGGCCCUCCUUCUUCUGUCCACCCUUGUUAACAUCCCCGAGUAAUCUCGUGUAGUAGUUAGGAUUGCCCUUAGGCUCGUGCAGCUUGCUGCUGAUCGCAUAGAAGUCCCCCCACUUCUUCUCGU